GCCUGGUCUAAAAUACAUGUUCAGUAAUACCAUCGUCCUCAAUUUGGUGGCUCUUGACUGAUCUGGAAAUCUGCACAGGCUGGUUCGUCCAUGAGGUCUAAGUGAGCGCUAGGACAUAUUCAGGUAUAUCAGUCACAGCCUCGUUUCAUCAUCGGAUGAGUCACAUGUGCCAGCUUUAAAUCGAUUCUUCAAUCAACUAGCCUGUCCAACUCCUUCUUGCAACAACCAAACAUAACAACAUGCCGGCUCCUCCCGUCUACAUUGACGAAGACGUCGGUCGCGAUGAUGACUCGGCAGUCGGAACCGAAGGAGCUCCCUACAAGACUCUUCUUCAUGCCAUGAUUAAACAUCCUCCCGACACCACGACAUAUCUAACUCGAAAAUCCGAAACAGGUCCUGUUGGUGAAGAUGGCGACGAAGGUGUUCGCCUCGAAUGGAAGCCAGCCUCCAAAUCGGCCUUGAAGAAAGCUACCAACCUCUUUGAACAACACAAGAAAAAGCAAGCCAAGGCAGCGGAACUAGCCAUUCGUGAAAACGCCGAGGCCGUGAAACGACAGCAGGUCCUCGAAGAAGCCAAGAAAGUCAUCAUUGAGGAAGACGCCAGCCUGCCCGCUCCCAUCCGCAUCCGACUUGACGAGACCGACCCAGCAAAGAUCAAGCUCGGAACACCAGACAGCCCAGGAACCCGGAUCCGGGUCCUCGGUCGCGUCCACCAUCUGCGCUCCCAAAAGGACGUCAUGUUUGUUACGCUGAAAGAUGGCUACGGCCAAAUGCAAUGUGUCUUCACCGGCAAAUUGAUUCGCGCCUACGCCGCCAUGACUCUGACCCUCGAAACCUCGCUUGCCAUCCAUGGCGAAUUGCGCUCGCUCCCGCCCAAAGCCCACGCCCCGCUCGACCGUGAACUGCACGCCGACUUCUUCACCGUCAUCGGCGCCGCCGUCGGCGACAAAGAAGCCAUCACCAACAAAGUCCAAGCCGACGGCGAUGCCCAAACCCUUCUCGACAACCGGCACCUCGUGCUGCGCGGUGAGAACGCCUCAUCCAUCAUGAAAGUCCGCGCCGCCGUCACCCGCGCUUUCCGCCAGACAUACCAAGAAACCCGCGUCCUCGAAGUCACCCCUCCGGCCAUGGUCCAGACGCAAGUCGAAGGCGGCGCCACUCUCUUCGAGUUCAACUACUACGGUGAGAAGGCCUACCUGACGCAGUCCUCGCAACUGUAUCUCGAAACCUGCGUGGCUUCUCUCGGCGAUGUGUUCUGUAUCUGCCCAUCCUUCCGCGCAGAGAAGUCGCUCACCCGCCGCCACUUGUCCGAGUACAUGCACAUCGAAGCGGAACUGGAUUUCAUCCAAUUCGAUGACUUGCUCGCGCAUCUCGAGCACGUCAUCUGCCGGGUUAUCGACAUCACGCUGGCCGACCCCGUCAUCGCCGCGUACGUGAAGGAACUCAACCCCAAAUUCGCCGCGCCCCAUCGCCCCUUCCGCCGAAUGAAGUACGAAGAAGCCAUCCAGUGGCUCAUCGAGCACGAGAUCCCCAAUGAAGACGGCGAACCGCAUAAGUUCGGCGAUGAUAUCGCCGAGGCCGCUGAGCGCAAAAUGACAGACGAGCUCAACGUGCCCAUCUUCCUGACUCAUUUCCCUGUCGAGAUCAAGGCGUUCUACAUGAAGAAGGACGACCAGGAUAAGCGCGUGACGGAGAGUGUGGAUGUGCUUAUGCCCGGCGUGGGUGAGAUUGUUGGUGGUAGUAUGCGCAUCGAUGACUACGAGGAGCUCAUGGCGGGGUAUAAGCGUGUGGGCAUCGACCCAGCGCCCUAUUAUUGGUAUACGGAUCAGAGACGGUACGGAACAUCACCGCACGGCGGUUACGGUCUCGGCCUCGAGCGGUUCCUAGCUUGGAUGUGUGGUCGCUGGACUGUGAGAGAGUGUACUUUGUACCCGCGCUUCGCUUACAGAUGCACCCCUUGAUCGCCAAAACACUGAAUGGAAUCCGUCAGUGACAGAUGCACACCCUGAUUGACUGGAAAUCUGAUGGAAUUCGUCGGUUGGAAAUGAGAUGAGCGUUAUGUAUGGUAGCUCGACGCUGCAAAUGCGCAAAAAGGUGUCGGCACGAUGCAGACGAAUACGAAUGCACGAGGUGGCUGAAGACACAGACAGGAGCAUAGACGGCAAAGAAAAGAAAGAAUAGACGCAUGUCCUAUGCAAAUGGAUCUUUCCAUAGUCGAAUGCCCAUUCCAGACAACGUCGUCGUUGAAUCUUUA